AUGACCAGAAGGAGGACAUACUGGGUCCCUGACGGCUCUGGUGGCCUUGUGAAUCUUGGCAUGGACCUAAGUGAUGACAUGGUUUCAGGACUUAGCUAUAAAACUUAUACCAUCAAGGAUGGUCCCUGGAGCCAGCAGGAGAGGAAACAAAAGGUGCUGGGAAAAAAGGAUGUCCUUCCCUGGGGGAAAUAUGAUGCUACCUGGAGAACCAUGAUUCCCAUCCGCCCCAAGCCAAAGUUUCCUGCCCCUCAGCCCCUGGAUGAUGCUGGCCUGUUCUCCUAUCUCACGCUAUCAUGGCUUACUCCACUAAUAAUCCAGGGAUUACGAUUUCGCUUAGAUGAGAACACCAUCCCCCCGCUGUCUGUACAUGAUGCCUCAGACAAAAAUGCCAAAAGGCUUCGUCUCCUUUGGGAAGAAGAAGUCUCAAGACAUGGGAUUGAAAAAGCUUCAGUACUUCGAGUAAUGCUGAGGUUCCAAAGAACAAGGGCUAUAAUGGAUGUGUUUGCAAGCUUCCUCUUCUGUGUGGCGAGUGUAUUAGGGCCAGUGCUGAUUAUACCAAAGAUUCUGGAAUAUUCUGAGGAGCCGACAGGGAAUGUUGCCUAUGGAGUGGGGCUCUGCUUUGCCCUUUUUCUCAUCGAGAGCUUGAAGUCUGUGAUUCUGUGCUUAUGUUGGGUCAUCAACCAGCACUCAGGCAUAAGGUUUCGCACAGCUGUUUCCUUGCUUGCCUUUGAGAAGCUGAUUCAAUUUAAGUCUCUGACACACAUCUCCACAGGGGAGGCCAUCAGCUUCUUCACCAGUGAUGUAAGCUACCUGUUUGAAGGUGUGUACUAUGGCCCCUUGGCCGUGAUGGUCUGCUCAGCAGUGAUUGUCUGUGGCAUUACCUCCUACCUCAUUCUUGGACCCACUUCACUUAUUGGCAUUUUUUUCUAUUUGCUGGUUUUUCCAUUGGAGGCAUUCCUGGGCAGAAAGACUGUGAAGAUACAGGAUCGCACUGCUGUGGCCAGCGACCAGCGCAUCCUGGUGACCAGUGAGGUUCUCACUUCGAUGAAGCUGAUUAAAAUGUACGCAUGGGAGAAACCAUUUGCAGCAAUUAUUAAAGAUCUAAGAAAGAAGGAAAGGAAAUUAUUGGAAAAGGGUGGACUACUCCAGAGCUUUACCACUACUCUCUUGUUUAUAUUCCCAACAGCAUCUAUAGUAACAAUGUUCCUCAUCCACACAGCCUUAAAAUUAACACUCACACCUUCAGUAGCCUUCAUUCUAGUGGCUACCAUUAAUCCCAUGCGGAUAGCAUUGUUCUUUUUGUCUUUUGCAAUCAAAGGCCUCACAGAGUCCCCUUCUGCAGCCUACAGGUUCAAGAAAUUUUUCCUCCAGGAGAGCCCUGCUUUAUAUGUCCAGGCAUUAACAGACCCCAGCAAGGCAUUGGUUUUGGAGGGAGCCACUUUAUCAUGGAGACAGACCUGUCCUGGGAUUGUCAACGGAGCUUUGGAGUUGGAGAAGAAUGGAUACAACCCUGAAAGGAUGACUGAGGCUCAACCACCUUUAGGUGGCUUCAGGCCAGAGGACAAAGGGGACAGUGUAGGCCCAGAGUUGCACAAGAUAAAUCUGGUGGUGUCAAAGGGAAUGAUGUUAGGGAUCUGCGGCAACACGGGGAGUGGCAAGAGCAGCCUAUUGUCAGCCAUCUUGGGAGAGAUGCACUUGCUCGAGGGCUCGGUGGGGGUGCACGGAAGCCUGGCCUAUGUGCCACAGCAGGCCUGGAUCAUUGAGGGUAGCAUCAGGGAGAACAUCCUCAUGGGAGGCCAGUAUGACAAGGCCCGGUACCUCCAGGUGCUCCAUUGCUGCUCCCUGAAACGGGACCUGGAAAUUCUGCCCUUCGGAGACAUGACUGAGAUUGGGGAGCGGGGUCUCAACCUUUCUGGGGGGCAGAAGCAGAGAAUCAGCUUAGCUCGGGCUGUCUACUCCAAUCGUGAGGUCUACCUGCUUGAUGACCCUCUGUCAGCUGUGGACACCUGUGUGGGGAAGCACAUCUUUGAGGACUGCAUUAAGAAGACACUCCAGGGGAAGACCAUUGUCCUGGUGACCCACCAGCUACAGUAUUUAGAGUUUUGUGACCAGAUCAUUUUGCUAGAAAAUGGAAAAAUCUGUGAAGCUGGAACUCACAAUGAAUUAGUACAGAAAAAGGGAAAAUAUGCCCAACUCAUCCAGAAGAAGAAUGAGGAAACCACACAGAAUCUGUUGGAGGACACAGCAAGGACAAUAGAGAAGCCUUGGGUAGAAGAUCAAGCUCUGGCUACCUCCCAGGAAGAGCCUCUCAAUGACAAUGCUGUGCUGGAGAAUCAUCUCACACAAAAGGAAGAGAUGGAAAAAGGUUCCCUGAAAUGGCGUGUCUACCACUGUUACAUCCAGGCUGCUGGAGGUUACAUGGUCUGCAUCAUGCUUUGCCUUCUCAUGGUGGUGAACAUAUUCCUCAUGACCUUCAACUUGUGGUGGUUGAGUUAUUGGUUGGAGCAGGGCUCAGGGACCAACAGCAGCCAAGACAGCAACAGGACCAAUGCAGACCCCGGUGACAUGCUGGACAAUCCACAGCUGCCCUUUUACCAGCUGGUGUAUGGCCUCAGUGCCCUGUUGCAAUGCUGCAUGGUGUUCUGUUCCUCAGGAGCUUUUACCAAGGUCAUGAGGAAGGCGUCUACAGUCCUGCACAACAAACUCUUCAGCAAGGUUUUCUGCUACCCCAUGAGUUUCUUUGACACAACCCCAGUGGGUCGACUCUUGAACUGCUUUGCGGGAGAUUUGGACGAACUGGACCAGAUGUUACCCAUAGUUACUGAAAAGUUCCUGUUGUUGUUUUUGUUGGUGAUCUCCAUCAUAUUGAUAAUCAGUGUUCUGUCUCCAUAUAUCCUAAUAAUGGGAGCCAUACUGGUCAUUAUCAGCCUUGUUUUUUAUACGAUGACCAAAAGAGCCAUCAACGUGUUCAAGAGAUUGGAGAACUGCAGCCGGUCUCCUUUAUUCUCUCACAUCAUCACCUCUCUGCAUGGCUUGAGCUCCAUCCAUGUCUAUGGAAAAGCUGAAGACUUCAUCAGCCAGUUUAAAAGGCUGACUGAUACUCAGAAUAACUACUUGCUGUUGUUUCUCUGUUCCGUGCGAUGGGUAACAUUGAGGAUUGAGAUUAUGAUCAAUCUGUUGACGUUGAUGAUAGCCUUGUUUGUGGUUUUUGGCAUUUCUUCCACCUCCUAUUCCUAUAAAGCCAUGGCUAUCAGCUUUGUCUUACAGCUGGCGUCCAACUUCCAGUACACUGCCCGGAUUGGUUCAGAGACAGAGGCACACUUCAUGGCUGCAGAAAGGAUGUUGCAGUACAUGAAGAUGAGUGUCCCUGAGUCUUCAUUGGAUGUGAAAAGUAUGAGCUGUCUCCCCGGGUGGCCACAGCAUGGGGAAAUCAUCUUCCAGGAUUAUCGCAUGAAAUACCGAGACAACACCCCUAUUGUCCUCGAUGGCAUCAACCUGACGAUUCGCAGCCAAGAAGUGGUGGGCAUUGUGGGAAGGACAGGCUCUGGGAAGUCCUCCUUGGGAGUGGCUCUCUUCCGUCUGGUGGAGCCCACAGCAGGACGGAUUCUCAUCGAUGGUGUGGACAUCUGCAGCAUUGGCCUGGAGGAGCUGCGGUCCAAGCUCUCAGUUAUCCCACAAGAUCCCGUCCUACUCUCUGGAACCAUCAGAUUCAAUCUCGAUCCCUUUGACUGCUACACGGAUGAGCAGAUCUGGGAUGUCUUGGGGAAGACAUUCCUGACCAAGGCAAUCUCAAAGUCUCCAAAAAGACUGCAAGCAGAAGUCGUGGAAAAUGGUGCAAACUUCUCUGUUGGGGAGAGGCAGCUGCUCUGCAUUGCUCGAGCUCUUCUUCGCAACUCCAAGAUCAUCCUUAUUGAUGAAGCCACAGCCUCCAUUGACAUGGAGACUGACGCCCUUAUUCAGCACACCAUCCGCGAGACCUUCCGGGGCUGCACAGUGCUGGUCAUUGCACAUCGCAUUACCACGGUCAUAAAUUGUGACCGAGUCAUUGUCAUGGGCAAUGGGAAGGUCCUAGAGUUUGACAAGCCUGAGGUCCUGAAGAAGAAGCCUGGGUCAGUGUUUGCAGCCCUCCUGGCCACAGCCAGUUCUUCACUGGGUGAAGGAAAAGUGGAGACUGCAUGA